AUGUCCAGCAAGAUGGCCAUCGGCAGUGACAUCGGGCAGGCCCGCCGGGCCGUGGAGCAGCUGCGGAUGGAGGCCGGCAUUGACCGCGUGAAGGUGAGGGGGAGGGGGUUGGGGAGGGGGGCAGUGCAGGGGAGGGUGUCGCUGACCCGGACGGACCUGGCUCUGCAGGUGUCCAAGGCGGCCACCGACCUGCUGCAGUUCUGCACAGACCAGGCCAAAAGCGACCCCUUCCUCGUGGGCAUCCCGGCCGCCACCAACCCCUUCAAGGAGAAGACUCCCUGUGCCAUCCUGUGACCCACCCCCCACACCCAGACCAGAAGGGACAGGGACCUCAAUAAACACGAAGCAAA